CAAAAUACAUCUGCGAUCGUAGUACCUGAAUCGAACUGCUAAACUAGCGAUGGGUUGCCUAUGAGAAACUGCAAACUUCUUCCCUAUUGUUCAUUUGGCAAGAUAAAUGUCUACUGCACCAGAUUCAAGGGCGUCACCGAUGUCUGAUGUCCCUGCUGAAAGCGGGUUUACGACUUUGUCUUUGCGGGACAAAGCUUUGAUUAAGAGAAAUAUUAAUAGACACCACAAUAGUAAUUUCAGGGCUGGCUAUGUCCCUGUCCAUGAGCAGUCACUCCACAAAACUGGAUUGCGAGGCAGAAAGACGUAUGCCUUCUGGACACUGGUAAUGCUUCUCUUUUUUCUUGCCCUUGGAAAUUUGCUGCUUACCUUCAUUAUCUUGGGUGUUCUUCGUCUUGGCCAGGGCAUGGAAAGUCUUGAACUUGUACCAGAAAAGUCACUUGUUAUGUUUUAUGGAAAUACAGACUUGGACAGGAUAUACAAACGUGAUGGCAAAUUGGAAGGUUUCAAUGAAUGUCCUGUGGAAAUUACAGGUGACAAUGGUUCAGUUUCUGUUAAUCUUGUGGACAAAGAAGGUCGGAUGACUGAAUCCAAGAUAAAUCUCAAUCUCAACAGCACAGCAAUAACUGGUGUUAAUUCUUUUGAUGUACGUGAUCCUGAGACUGGACAUCCCGUAUUCUCAACGGACUUCCCUAACUUUGGUCUUCCUCGUGGCGUGAAGAAACUCGAUAUCAGAAUGGCACAGACUCGAAGAAUAACGAGUCCCAUAAACUCUAGUCUCUUCCUUCGUUCAGACACUUACACUCGACUUCGUGGUACUGAAGGCACGCGUAUGGAAGGUCGGGAAAUUGUGUGGUCAGCUGAUCAAGAUAUUUAUCUCAAAAGUGUUAAUGGAAGUGUUAUUCUGAGUGGACGUGAAGGUAUUUCUGUUGAUAUUAAAAGCAUCCCAGUUGCAUUAGGUGAUAGUGAUGGAGCAAAUCCGACUUCAGUGCAGUAUAAAGUGUGUGUGUGCAUGCCUGAAGGCAAACUAUUCCGCGUCCCUGUUCCAUCUAGCGGGAAUAACAAGCAUGUAGGAUGUCACAACGUUAAUCUGUCACCUCAAACCAGUCCGUGCAUGUAACAAUCCAGAGCUCCAAAUCUGCUAUAGAAUACGUAGUCACAGUAAAUGUUUUCUUGUUCGUGUAAAUGACAUCUAGAAGAGGCUUCCAUUGAGACCAAAAAUUUGUUGUAUUUGUCUAAUAUUAUUUCACCGUGUGGUGGUUAAUAACUUCUGGAAAGAACUUUGAUGGCUUUUUCCUCUGAAUGCUUCAGUCUAUAUGACGAUGGUAGCAAUAACUAAAUAAAUAUGCAGUUUAGUGAACUAUUUAUGUGUAUCCGGUAGCACUGAUGCCAACAGCAUUACAUGUUCUUGAUAUAACACCAACAUUUCAGUUACCAUAUCUGUAUAAAAAAAAAUUACACGUUCUUGAUCUCCAUAUCUAAUUUUACAUUUAUCACCGUCGCUAAAAUCUAAAUAUAGCCUUCACUUAGCUGCCAUGUUCUUUCAGGUUCUACAAAAUAACACCUUAACAAUUAGUUGCAUAUUUUAUGACCUCUUACUACGCUUUCAGAAUAUCAGCCAUAUUUUGUUUUAUGGAACAAAAAAUGUCUAACUCUCGAGACGUAGACAAAAUAUUAUUCUUCAGUUCCAUUAUGGAAUACAAGCUCCAAAUUUCAUAACAGUACAUCUUAUCACACUGCGAUGGCUUACUUUAUUACUGCUUCAUCUAUAAUGAAUUAAAAUUGAACCACUUUCACCAUUUAUUCACACUAAAUGUAAAAUGUAGAAUGGUACUGUGAUUUUAGAACAGCUACAACCUUACGUCCCAUUUAGCUGCAAUUUUGCUUUUUAGAAAUGGCAUAUAACAAUCCUGAAAUUUCCCUUUGAAGUUUCCCACCGUCUCCUCGAAGGACUGAAUGCCAGACGUGAGCUUAUCUCCCGUACGAAAAUCAAGCCAUCUACUGGAUUACAUGCACAGAUUUGCCUGUACAUUUGUAUUUUUAUUAAAUAUCAAUUUAUGUUUCUAUUGUAACACAGAAGUAUGUACCAAGAGAACAAAAUGCAUGAUCAUGCCCAUUAUGUAGUAUUUAAUGCACGGUGUUUUAUAUGCAUUAUGUAUCAGUAUUGUUCUGUCACAAAUAAAAAUGUAAUAUUAAUCCAG